UCUGCACUGGAGCAGCCUCUGCUACUGAACCUCUGAUAAAAACACUGGAUAAAUACUGGAUAAACAGGGGUUCUCAUGGGAGCACUGUUUCGAAGUGAGGAACUAUGUCUGGUCCAGAUCUUCCUCCAGUCUGGAUCAGCUUACAAUUGUGUCAGCGAGUUGGGAGAACUGGGAGUGGUGGAGUUCAGAGAUUUGAACCCACAUGUAAAUUCGUUCCAGAGGAAAUUUGUAAACGAGGUCAGAAGAUGUGAGGAGAUGGAGAAGACGUUCACCUUCCUGGAGCAGCAGAUCAGCAGCUCCCUGUGUUGUCCUGUUUCUGAGACGCUAUCUAUUCCAAGUCCUGUUCCUUCAGCUCCACAGCCCAGAGACCUGCUGGCAAUAGAGGAAGAAAGUGAACGCCUCGCCACAGAGUUAAAACAGGUGUCUGAGAACAGAGACAGUCUGAGGAGUCAGCUGACCCAGCUCCAACAGUACCGUGGGGUAUUGAUCCAGACACACUCCCUUAUUGAUUCACAGGCUCAGCCUCCACCUCCUGCAUCUCUGGACACUUCACUGUUGGACAACGGUCCUGAAGCACACCUCAGUUUUGUAGCAGGUGUGGUCCAUCCAUGGAAGGUUCCGGCCUUUGAGCGACUGCUGUGGAGAGCGUGUCGAGGUUACUUCAUCAUUGAGUUCCAAGAGAUGGAGAAGAACCCAAAUGUACUUGAAACAAGCGAUAUGACUCAGUGGACAGUCUUUCUAAUUUCUUUCUGGGGCAAAACAAUUGGACAAAAAGUGAAGAAAAUCUGUGAUUGCUUCCAUGCCAAUACUUUCUUCUACCCAGAGAACACAGAGGAGAGGCAGGAGCUCCAGAAAGGCCUGCAGAGCAGAAUAGAGGAUAUCACACAGGUGCUGUUUCAGACUGAGAGUUACCUCCAGCAGCUGCUGUGUCGCUGUGUCUCCAUACUGCCACAGUGGAAGGUGUGUGUGAUGAAGUGUAAAGCUGUACAUUCCAUCCUGAACAUGUGCAGUGCAUCAGUUACAGACAAAUGUCUGAUAGCAGAGGCCUGGUGUCCUGUCAGGAAACUGCUGCUGCUGCAGAGUGCACUCACUGAGGGAACGAGGAGGAGCGGCAGCAUCGUUGACUCGUUUUAUAAUCGCCUCCCAUUGUCAUCCUCGUCUUCUCCUCCUACUCUGUUCACCACCAACUCUUUCACAGCUGUUUUUCAGAGUUUAGUGGAUGCAUAUGGGGUGGCCAAAUAUGGAGAGGUCAAUCCAGCGGCCUACACCAUAGUGACGUUCCCCUUCUUGUUUGCUGUGAUGUUUGGAGAUGUGGGUCAUGGUUUGCUGAUGGUCAUAGCUGCAUUAUGGAUGAUUCUUCAGAACAAAGACAACAAGAACACGCACUUCAAAAAUGAGAUGUGGAGGACGGUGUUGGCCGGUCGUUACCUUAUCUUGUCGAUGGGGCUCUUCUCAGUCUACACCGGAGCCAUUUACAACCAUUGCUUCAGCAGAACUCUCAGCAUCUUCCCGUCAUCGUGGCAUCUCAGACCCAUGAACUGGAGCGAUGACACCCUCAGAGGGAGCCGCUUUCUCUGUUUGGACCCCAACACUACAGGAGUCUUCCGGGGACCGUAUCCUUUGGGGAUAGACCCGAUCUGGCAUCUGGCAAGUAACCACUUGACAUUUCUUAACUCCUAUAAAAUGAAGAUGUCUAUCAUAAUCGGAGUUCUGCACAUGACCUUUGGAAUUUGCAUCUCCUACUUCAACUAUAGCCACAGUCAACAGUGGUUCCAUGUGCUGCUGGUUCUGAUCCCAGAGCUGCUCUUCAUGCUUGGCCUGUUUGGCUACCUGGUGUUUCUUAUUAUCUACAAAUGGCUGGCCUUUGGACCGGGUCAGUCAGACCGAGCACCCAGUAUCCUCCUGCACUUCAUCAACAUGGUGCUCUUCACUGACAACAAGGAAACCCCACCACUGUAUCCAGGACAGCGGCAAGUCCAGAGUGUGUUGAUGGUAGUAGUGCUGACAUCCGUCCCUGUGUUGCUUCUUGGGAGGCCGAUCUACCUGUAUUACCAUCACACAAGACGCCAUGGUCAAUGUGCAACAACAGAACAUCCAACCAUAACUGACACCAGCUCCAUCAACACCCUGUUGGGAGACCUGGAAGGAGGCAGGAGAGAGCAAGAGGAGCAAGAGGAGUUUGAUGCUGUGGAAGUGUUUAUGCACCAGGCCAUCCAUACCAUGGAGUACUGCCUUGGGUGCAUCUCCAACACUGCCUCCUACCUGAGACUGUGGGCACUCAGCCUUGCACACGCACAGCUCUCAGAUGUGCUGUGGAUGAUGGUGAUGCGCACCUCUCUUUCUUCAAGAGGCAUGCUGGGAUCUGUAGUCCUUGCAGGUUUUUUCUCUUUUUUUGCUUUGCUCACUGUCUCCAUCCUGUUGGUGAUGGAGGGGCUGUCGGCGUCUCUGCACACCCUCCGCCUGCACUGGGUGGAGUUUCAGAGUAAGUUCUAUAGUGGGACCGGGUACAAGUUCAGCCCGUUCUCCUUCACCUCCAUCACCAACCCAUUGUAAGUUUUCAUCAGGUGAAUCUUCUACAACAGACUUGUGACUACACUCGAGGAUGGACAUUGAUGAAAAAAAUGUAUGUUUCACACAUGACCAACAAUUCACUACCAACCAGAACCAGAAUACUUUAUUAAAGACAACGUGACUUUGCAAAUACAAAACAUGCUUAACAAAUAAUACAAAACAAAUUCAUAGUACAAACACCACACAUGUUUUACACUGUUUUUUUUUUUGGUUUUUACAUCCAUUUGCCUUCCAGUUACAAAACAUAGAUUACUCACUUUACUGUUAUCAUCACUUUUAGAUUUCGCAGAAUAUCUACCAUAAUUCUAAGCAUAAACAAUGAUCCUGAUGAUAAACUGGGACUUUGUGCUUAAACACGCUGUUCAAUAAUGAUAAAAUGUGAUUUAGAAUGUUUUAGAAAUCAUUAUUAUAUUGUUACAUAGAGAACAGAUGAUACAUACAAAUUACAGAUUGUAGUUUUUUGUGAUCUAUGCUUUUUUUCUCCCUUUGUACUCAGACUUUAUAUUUACUUUAGUUGGAAACAUAACUUUUUUAACAAAACUUUUUGUUCUUGAGUUUUUGUUUGUUUUCUCAGAUCCGAAGUUGUCUCACCACACAACUGCAAUAAACUCCUCUGUUUGUGUAUGGCAUUAUGGGACAAUCGUAACCAUUGACAACACUCUCACUGAAUUCAUUAAGCAUUGUUUCUGCAUGAACACACACUGCAUAGUUUGUUGCCUACAGUUGAUAGGUUACAAUGAAACAGGAGAACAUUGGGCAUCAUGAACACAUAUGCCAUGUGUUGGUUUGUACUUUGGCCUUAAACUAUGUGUACACUACAUUUCUGUGAUUAUUUUCUGUAGUAUGCUGUUUUCUUCUUUAUAUGUGUAAAUACAUAAAGCAAGCAAAACAAAAACAGAAAAUCCUUAAUUACUUUCAGCUUUUGUUAUUGAAAUGAUCCCUUUAUCUCUACUCCAGGGGUGUCAAAUUCAUUUUAGUUCAGGGGCCACAUACAACCUAACA